CAUGACGUCUUCAUGGAGCGACGGUAGACCCCGCCCCAUUUUCUGCGCGCGCCGAUGCAGUCGGCCAGAAGAGUGGUAUUUAAUUUUGGAAACUAUAUUGUAAGAGUUUAAGUGCAAUACCCAUAUCGCAACAAAAGUACCAGACACAGUGAAAAAUACAGCAGCAUUUUGUUUGGCGAGUGAGAUGUCUUCUUAUCAUUCCCGCUCUCGUUUACUGCGCAACUUCCGUAUCCCCGUUCGAAUAGUACCUUGUAAACAAACAAGCGUAAACAGCAUGGCCGUUCGAGUUUAGCACACUGAAUUGAGUUGAGCGAGUGCUAUUAAUGAUGGCGGGGAUCAUCCGGAGGCUCGACGAGACGGUUGUCAAUCGGAUAGCCGCGGGAGAGGUUAUUCAGCGCCCUGCUAACGCUGUUAAAGAAAUGAUUGAAAACUGUCUGGAUGCCAAGGCCACGAACAUCCAGGUGACGGUUAAAGAUGGUGGAAUGAAACUGCUGCAGAUUCAGGACAACGGCACCGGUAUUCGGAGAGAAGACAUGGAAAUAGUUUGCGAGCGUUUUACCACAAGCAAGCUGCAGACAUUUGAGGACCUCUCUGCCAUUGCAACUUAUGGGUUCAGAGGAGAGGCUCUGGCCAGUAUAAGCCAUGUCGCCCACGUAACCAUAACAACAAAGACAGCCGAUGCCAAAUGCGCCUACAGAGGCGCCUACAGUGAUGGUAAACUAAAAGGCCCUCCGAAACCCUGCGCUGGAACAGGAACACAAAUACUGGCAGAGGAUCUCUUCUACAAUGUGUCUACCAGGAGGAAAGCUUUAAAAAGCCCCAGCGAUGAGUACUCUAGGAUUGUCGAGGUGGUGAGCAGGUAUGCUAUACACAAUUCCGGCAAAAGCUUCUCUGUCAAGAAGCAAGGAGAGACGGUAGCAGAUGUGAGAACUUUGCCCAACGCAUCAGUGGUGGAUAACAUUCGGGGAGUUUUUGGCAAUGCGGUCAGCAGGGAACUGAUCGAGGUUGGCUGCGAGGACCAGAAGCUGGCCUAACUGAAGGGCUACAUCUCCAACGCAAACUACUCAGUCAGGAAAUGUAUCAUGGUCCUCUUUAUCAAUCACCGUCUGGUAGAGUCGAGUGCGCUGAAGAAAGCCGUGGAGACAGUUUAUGCCGCGUAUCUGCCCAAGACACACCCCUUCCUUUAUCUCAGUUUAGAGAUCGCCCCUCAGAAUGUAGACGUGAAUGUGCACCCCAAGCACGAGGUGCAUUUCCUGCACGAGGACAGCGUCAUUGAAAGCGUUCAGAAGCACAUUGAGGGCAAGCUGCUAGGCUCCAACUCUUCACGCACAUACUUCACUCAGACAUUGCUGCCCGGGCUGUCUGUGUGUGGUGCAGGUGAGAUCAAGUCAUCCAGUGGCACGUCCGAGUCUGGCGAGCGCGUCUACGCGCAUCAGAUGGUGAGGACUGACUGUCGUGCUCAGAAGCUGGAUGCCUUCCUCCAGCCAAAGGAGAAGCUGCUUCCCGAGUCAGAACCCGCUGGCCCGAGUGGCACCGAUUCCGAGUCCAAAGCUGUCGAGCUGGAUGAUCUGGACAUGCUGGACGCACUGGACCAGAUGGAGGUAGAGCUGCCGAAAAGUGAGAAGGAGAGCAGCGACCAACUGCACGAUGUCCAAAGGAAGCGUCCCAGGAAAGAGCAGCAGGAGGAGGAUGGGGAAGAGGGGCGAGACGAGGACAAGACUGCCCCAGCCACGCCCAAGAGACGAGUCAUCAAACUAAACAGUGUCAAAGAGCUGAGAGCCGAGAUUAGCGACAACACACACAAAGGUUUGCAGGAGAUGCUGCAGAAUCACUCGUUUGUGGGCUGUGUCAACCCCCAGUGGACUCUGAUCCAGCAUCACACUAAACUCUUCCUGCUCAACACCACAACGCUAAGCCAGGAGCUCUUCUACCAAAUCCUCAUCUAUGAUUUUGGAAACUUUGGUGUACUGAGGCUCUCUACACCGGCUUCCAUUUACGAGCUGGCCAUGUUGGCUCUGGACUCUGAGGAGAGUGGCUGGACUGAGGAGGAUGGACCCAAAGAAGGCUUGGCUGAGUACAUAGUGGACUUCCUGAAGAAGAAAGCCGAGAUGCUGGAGGACUAUUUCUCCCUGGAGAUAGAUCAGCAGGGAAAUUUAAGAGGAUUACCCUUGUUGAUUGACAACUACACACCUGUCAUGGAAGGUCUGCCCAUGUUCAUCCUUCGCCUUGCAACAGAGGUGAACUGGGACAACGAAAAAGAAUGCUUCCGAGACUUCAGCAAAGAGUGCAGUGUGUUCUAUUCAAUAAGGAAGCAAUACAUCCUGGAGGUGGAGCCGGGAGAGGAGCAGGAUGCAGAGGUGAAAUCGUGGCGAUGGAACGUUGAGCACAUCCUAUGCAAGGCUUUCCGUUCACUCAUUAGUCCUCCCAAACACAUCAGUGAGGACGGCACGGUGCUGCAGAUCGCGAAUUUACCGGAUCUCUACAAAGUAUUUGAGAGGUGUUAGAUGACUCGGAAACAUCAACGUCUCAUGCUGCUCCUUUUUACUUGGUGUAAGUUUCUGUAUGUUUUCAUUAAAUUCAAAUUCUUUCUGCGUAAA